UUUACAGCUGGCACAUGCACACAGCGAAUGAACGAUGACUCAGCACUACUCGCUGUCCGCGUGCAUAUGAUCAACAACAGCUCGUGGAGGGAUGGGGCAGCCGAUACACACUUCACCUGAGUCGCUGGGCUGUACUGAAGUCACGAUGUUAACAUCAAACGUCGUAAAGGUGGCUGACUCCCAACUUACAUUCACUGAGAGUAAGGACGACCUAGUUUGCAUCACAAAUUCCCAUAGCAGAUAUAAGCGUGUUAAUUUAUGCAAUCACAGACAAUGCACGUUUGUUCGACCGGGAAUUUCUCAUUGCAAGCAUCAUGCAACCAACGCUGCGCGUAGUGUGUGUUGAACGGCGUCGGUGUCGAUCGUAAACAAUGACUAAUUGAUCCAUGCACCGCUACACAUCGCUAAACAUGUCAGUUGGCAACUGAACAGAACUCUUCCGUCGUCGUCGCUCAGCUCACCCGUCAUGGCUUCCAGCGAAUUGACCGCGAACGGUCUGUCGAGCGCGGCGAAGACACGCUGCGGCGCGUGCCCGCUGUCGGCCGCGCGACCGCCAGAGGGCGCCAUGCACUUCAGCAUAACCGAGUACCCGAAGGAGGCGCUCGGACAGAUGAACGCGCUGCGCGGCUCGGGCAAGUUCUGCGACGUGGUCGUGCGCACGGGCGAGGCGAGCUUCGCAUGCCACCGCGUCGUGCUGGCGUCGUGCAGCCCCUACUUCCGCGCGAUGUUCUGCGGCAACCUGAAGGAGGCCGACAUGGGCGAGGUGGUGUUGCACGGCGUGCACGCCGACGUGAUGGCGACGCUCGUCGACUUUGCGUACACGGCCGAGCUGUCGGUGAGCGAGGCGAACGUCUGCCGCCUGCUGCCGACGUCGUGCAUGUUCCAGAUCACGCACGCGGUCGACGCGUGCUGCACGUUCCUCGAGCAGCAGCUCGACCCGAGCAACGCGAUCGGCAUCUCGGACUUCGCGCAGCAGCACGGCUGCUCGCAGCUGCACCGCAAGGCCAAGGAGUACAUAGACCUGAACUUCACCGAGGUUGCGAAACAGGAGGAGUUCAUGCAUCUCGGCCCCUGCGAGCUGAUGGCCCUCAUCAAGCGUGACGAGCUGAACGUGAAGUGCGAGAGUCAGGUGUACACGGCCGUGCGCACGUGGGUGCACUUUGACGAGAAGGUGCGGCUACAUCGACUCGAGCACCUGCUCUGCGCCGUGCGCUGCCACUUCCUCACGCCAAAGUUCAUCCGCGACCAGAUCGACUACUGCCGCUUCCUGCGCAUCAACCCGCAGUGCAAGGACUACCUGUGCCGCAUACUCAGCGACCUCGAGCAGCACAAGCCGUGCCCGGACCAGAAGCGCUACCCGCAGGGAGCGAUGGUCAUCUACACGACGGGCGGCUACCUGCGACAGUCGCUCAGCAACAUGGAGUGCUACCACCCGCAGUUCAACCAGUGGUUCCAGCUCGCUGACCUGCCGCUGCCGCGCAGCGGACUCGGCAUGGCCAUCGCCGAGGGCCUCAUCUUCGCCGUCGGCGGCCGGAAUAACUCGCCGGACGGCAACACGGACUCGCCGCGCGUCGACUGCUUCGAUUGGCUGAACAACGUGUGGCGCGAGUGCCCGCCGAUGUCCGUGGCGCGCAAUCGCGUCGGCGUUGGCGUGCUCGACAAUCUGCUGUACGUCGUCGGCGGCUCGCACGGCUCGUCGCACCAUUCGUCAGUGGAAAGGUACAAUCCGAUAGAGGAAACGUGGACAAUGGUCGCUCCAAUGGCAAUAAAGCGUAUUGGCGUAGGUGUCACUGUCGUCAACAGGCUGCUGUAUGCAGUGGGUGGAUAUGAUGGUAAAGACAGGCUCCGAUCAACAGAAUGUUACAACCCUGAUAAAGAUGAGUGGAGAUUCGUUGCACCAAUGAACACCAUGCGAAGUGGUUGUGGCGUCGUGGCGAUGGAUGACUACAUCUACGCAGUCGGUGGCUACGACGGCGCGCAGCAGCUGAGCAGCGUGGAAUGCUACGACACACUGAAGGACCGCUGGAAACUCGUCGCGCCGAUGAAUUGUCCGCGCAGUGCUCUCAGUGUCGCUGUCACCGACAACAAGCUCUAUGCAAUGGGUGGCUACGAUGGUCAGAAUUUCCUCAGUAGUAUAGAGGUGUACAAUCCCGAGUUGGACACGUGGAAAGACGUCACAAACAUGAGCUGUGGUCGCAGCGGUCACGCGUCUGCAGUGUACCUAGGAGUGAUCUUCCGCACAUGACAGUGUGAUCAUCUACGCAUUAACGCUGGCCAGGCUCCGUGAUGCGUGGUCAGCAUAACGAUGUGUAGAAAAAUCCAGUGGCAAGCAAGGGCACUGAUCACUGCAUUGCACGUAAAGCUGUAAAUAGCAGUGGCACAGGUCAAUAGCAGACCGCGUAUGGUGGCCAGCAGACUACUUGAUAGUGCUAGGGUGCAUGUAGUGCCAAUCAAACUACAGAAUAGGGCUGGCAUAGGCGUAAUGCCUAGCUGGUCACUGUGCGGCACUAUUGGGAGGAUGAAGAGGGCUUAUAUAGUGCCCAUCAAACUAUAGAACAGUGCUGACUUUGCUAUAGUGACUUGCAGCUUAGGGUGGGUUCGCUACAAUGUUUGAAUCACACGCUAAGCUUCUCGAUGUCUGAUAUCUUCCGUGAAUUCCCAGCCGCAAGCGAUUUGCAUUCAGGAGGUUCUAUCUUGGUGCUACCGAUUGGAAACCAAAGAUUUUUCUCGAGGGGGCGAGUUGGAAUGUCCUACCGCCACUUUGAUUUCUUCUCAGGACUUUGCCUUGCGAAAGAUAUAUGUACGGGGCUAUUAUACUGUAUAUUUACAUUCGCAGUUGUUAUAGGUGAGGUUGUGCAGCUGCUAUGUGCAUUACUUUGACGUCUCUUUAUCUUUGGGGAGAAUGGAGAAGUUCUGAAAGCAUGCCUAAGCGUACAAGGUGCCCGUGUUGUGCGACCAUGACAACGCAUACGUGUAAAACGUUCGUUACCGCAUGCACGAUUGCGAAUCGUUUACUCCUGCUCAGUUGAUGCUAUAGUCUCAUCAGACAAUACCAGGGAUCGAUUUAGUCUUCGCUAAAUGUGUGUGUGUGUGUGUGUGUGUGUGUGUAUGUGCGUGCGUGCGUGCGUGCGUGUGUGUGUGCGUGUAGCCAUGUUCAAAAGUUUUAUCGAAUCGGUGGUAGCGUGCGUGUCUGCAGUGAAGACGUGCCGGAAGAAUAUUUACUGUUUGUAAUUUUGAACCAAAUGCUGCUGGAAUUCAUUAUCCUUAUUUUCCUAGACGUUCGCGCCUUUUUGUGAGUGAAGCGAUACCCGUCCGUGAAGGGUACUACUUACACCGAGACGGCGAUGACUCUCAAUACAAAUUCUACAGGUUAUGUCGAUCGCUCGAAAAGUGGUUAAGUUUUCAACUAUAACAGUUCGAAGCAAACUUUUGUGUUUAUCCGAUAUGGUAUGUAAAUAGAAGAUCACAAGCUGUAGUUCGUUAAAUGCACUUCGUAGUUCGUGCGCUUAUUGGGAAAAUGAAAAUACAAAUAGAACUAUUUCAUCUAUCUUGAGUGAGCGGAAGAAUCCAUGUCAAAUGUGAAAAUAGACCUAGAAUGUUUCCAAGCCCUUGUCACAAGCUCGAUAGACAUGCAGCGAACUGCAGCGUACCAGUCUAUGUUUACGUCAGUGGCCGUACUGCUCCCGAUGCCCUUGUCACAAGCUCAAUAUACAUGCAGCGAACUGUCGAUGUCCCAGGUAACACCUGGCAGGGUUCAAACAAAAGGACAUCACCUAACUGCCGAUGUGAGGGGGGAGCCAAUAGGCGCGUUCACACGGACGUUUUUGGCCCGAGCCUAAUUAGGCCCGCGCCAGAUUUGGCUCGAGCCG